AUGGCUUAUCACUAUGUUGUGACUGCUCAUAAGCCAACAGCCGUAACGGCUUGUGUAACAGGUAACUUUACAUCUCCAAACGAUUUAAACUUGAUCGUAGCUAAAACUACGAGGCUAGAAAUUUAUCUUGUAACCCCUGAAGGUCUACGACCUGUAAAGGAAGUUGGAAUAUAUGGAAAAAUAGUUGUUUUAAAACUAUUUCGGCCACAAAAUGAAAAAAAAGACCUUUUAUUUAUUGUUACAAUGAAGUAUAAUGCUAUGAUUUUGGAGUGUAUAAAUGAUGGAGAGAAUUUAGAAAUAAUUACAAAAGCACAUGGUAAUGUUGCUGAUAGAAUAGGAAAACCUGCAGAUACUGGCAUAAUUGCAGUAAUUGAUCCCAAAGCGAGAGUGAUUGGUCUUCGCUUAUAUGAUGGAUUGUUUAAAAUAAUUCCACUUGAUAAAGAGAAUAAUGAAUUAAAAGCUUCAAAUAUAAGAAUGGAUGAAUUGCAAGUGCAAGAUGUAGAAUUUUUACAUGGUUGUGCUAAUCCAACAAUAGUUUUAAUACAUCAGGAUUUGAAUGGUCGUCAUGUUAAGACACAUGAAAUAUCAUUAAGGGAUAAAGAGUUCGUGAAAAUUCCUUGGAGGCAAGACAAUGUGGAAACAGAAGCCUCAAUGAUUAUUCCAGUUCCUUCGCCACUUUGUGGAGCUAUUGUUAUUGGACAAGAAAGUAUUUUAUAUCAUGAUGGUAUAACAUCAGUUGCUGUAGCACCCCCAAUAAUAAAACAAAGCACAAUAGUAUGUUAUGCUAGAGUAGACCCUGGAGGAUUACGAUAUUUGUUAGGAGAUAUGGCAGGGCAUCUGUUCAUGUUAUUCCUGGAUGUUGAAAGUCGUGGUGAUGGGGCUGAUGUAGUUAAAGAUUUAAAAGUUGAAUUAUUAGGUGAAAUAGCAACUCCAGAGUGUAUCACUUAUUUGGACAAUGGUGUAAUCUUUAUUGGCUCUCGAUUGGGAGACUCACAGUUAGUGAAACUAAAUACCAAAGCCGACGAUAAUGGAUCAUACGUCACGCUGAUGGAAUCUUUCACAAAUUUGGCCCCCAUAGUCGAUAUGUGCGUUGUAGAUUUGGAAAGGCAAGGGCAAGGACAGCUCGUGACAUGUUCCGGAGCUUAUAAAGAUGGCUCCCUGAGAAUUAUCAGAAAUGGAAUCGGGAUACAAGAGCACGCGUCAAUCGAUUUGCCAGGGAUUAAAGGAAUGUGGGCACUAACUGUAGCCUCGGAUGCGAAAUUGGACAACACCCUAGUGCUUGCAUUCGUAGGCCAAACGAGGGUAUUGAGCUUGAAUGGUGAAGAGGUGGAAGAAACAGAUAUUGUAGGCUUUGCUUCAGACCAGCAAACUUUCUAUUGUGGAAAUGUAGCACAUGAUCAGCUUGUUCAGGUUACGCCAAUGUCGGUGCGACUUGUCUCUGCUCAGUUAAAGACACUAUUAGCCGAAUGGAAACCGCCCACCGAGAAAAGUAUUAGCGUUGUCGCGUGUAACACCGAACAAAUUGUCGUAUCGACAGGAUCAGAACUUUUCUACAUCGAAAUUCAUCCCAACGAACUCAUCCUCAAAGGGCGAACAACGCUAGAUGUGGAGCCCGCAUGUUUGGAUAUUAGUCCUCUUGGAGAAGGUGCCACAAGAUCGAAUUUAGUGGCUGUCGGCCUGUGGACGGACAUUUCUGCGCGUAUUCUGAGGCUACCAGACCUUAUAGAAGCGUACAAAGAAAAUCUAGGUGGAGAGAUAAUUCCGCGGUCAGUACUGAUGACAAAUUUCGAGGGACACAGUUACCUAUUGUGUGCCCUGGGCGACGGUUCAAUGUUCUACUUCAAUUUGCACAAGGACUCGGGCACGUUGUCGGAAAAGAAAAGGGUCACGCUGGGCACCCAGCCGACUGUUCUGCGUACCUUCCGAUCGCUAAGCACGACGAAUGUGUUUGCAUGCUCCGAUCGACCUACGGUUAUAUAUUCAUCCAAUCAUAAACUUGUCUUCUCGAACGUCAACAUGAAGGAGGUAAAUCACAUGUGUUCGUUGAACGCCGAAGCCUAUCCUGACAGUUUAGCUCUAGCGACCGACAGUUCGGUAACAAUAGGUACCAUCGACGAAAUUCAAAAACUCCAUAUUCGUACAGUGCCUCUACAGGAAUCCCCGAGGAGAAUUGCAUACCAAGAGUCUUCUCAGACAUUUGGCGUGUUGGCUGCAAGAAUGGAUGUGCAAGACUCGACCGGUUUGAACCCUUCUCGACCGAGUGCGUCAACGAUGACCCAAUCGGUGACGGUGUCAAGUAGCGUGGGUUCACUUACGUUGGGCAAAUCAGGAGCCAGUGGUCUCUCAGGAGGGAAUACAGUCCCCGAGUACGGUCAGGAGGUCGAAGUUUAUAAUCUCUUGAUCAUCGAUCAGCACACGUUUGAAUUCCUGCAUGCACACCAGUUUAUGCAACAGGAGUAUGCGAUGAGCCUCAUUUCGUGUCAACUUGGUGACGACCCCAAUAUUUAUUAUGUAGUUGGUACUGCUUUUGUUAAUCCUGAAGAACCAGAAUCAAAAUCAGGCAGGUUGAUCCUGUUUCAUUGGGCUGAUAAUAAGCUCACACAGAUCUCAGAAAAGGAAAUCAAAGGUGCUUGUCAUUCCCUAGCUGAGUUUAAUGGUAAACUCCUAGCUACUAUUAACAGCACCGUGCGAUUGUUUGAAUGGACAGCAGAGAAGGAACUUCGGCUUGAAUGCUCCUAUUUCCAUAACAUUCUUGCACUGUAUUUGAAAACUAAAGGCGAUUUUAUUCUCGUUGGCGACUUGCUGCGUAAUAUGACCCUCCUGCAGUACAAAACCAUGGAAGGUAGUUUCGAUGAGAUUGCUCGAGAUUUCAAUCCCAAUUGGAUGACAGCAAUUGAGAUCUUGGACGACGAUACUUUUUUGGGAGCCGAAAAUUCGUAUAACAUAUUUAUAUGCCAAAAGGACAGCGCUGCAACGACGGACGAAGAAAGGGCGCAAAUGCAAGAAGUUGGCCAGUUUCAUGUCGGCGAUAUGAUUAACGUGUUUCGACCUGGGAGUCUAGUAAUGCAAAAUUUGGGUGAAACGUCAACACCCACUUCAGGCUGCGUGCUUUUUGGCACAGUUGGUGGGGCCAUAGGUUUAGUUACACAAAUCCAGCCAGACUUUUUUGAAUUCCUGCUUGAGCUGCAGAACAAAUUAUCGGUAGUAAUAAAAUCGGUAGGGAAAAUAGAGCAUUCAUUUUGGCGUACUUUUCACACAGACAUAAAGACUGAACCGGCCGAAGGUUUCAUUGAUGGAGAUUUAAUAGAGAGUUUUCUGGAUCUAUCAGCUGAUAAAAUGAAAGAAGUCGCUGACGGCUUGCAGCUCGUCGGGGAGGGUGGAGUAAAACAGGACUGUACAGUAGAUGACCUUAUUAAAAUGGUAGAAGAUUUAACAAGGAUACAUUAGUUAUUAAUUUUGCGUUCAUCCUCAGGUUGCUCCGUGUCUGCAAAAAAUGUUUUUCUACAUUAAUGUUAUUGUACAUUUUCUACAAAAACUGUUUGUUGUAGACGUUUCGUUUCUAUUUUUCUUUGCGAAAUGAUUUCAUUAAAUAUGUGUUGUUUAAAACUAAUAAAACAGCAAUAAAGGUAGCUUAUGUUAACCUA